AUUAAUUAAGUAACAAAGUGAAAAAUUACAUGCAGCAGAAGAAUAUAUAAAAGCAGUUCAAAACUAAAACAUGUUAAAAGUCAUGUAGUACAAUGAUAUUUAGUAUAUACAUGAUUGGUCCACACGGCUAUAGGAAGUGGCCAGGAAGUUUCAGAGACUUCACAUCAGUCAUCACAGACCACAAAAACAAACUCAUUCAUAUUCUGAAUUCUCAAACUCUUUUUUCAUCCAAUUUCUCUCAAUUCUUAUGGCUAUACAAUCACCUUCCUCAUCCUCUUCAUUUUCCUAUGGAUUCACUUACCAAGUGUUCCUCAGUUUUAGGGGCACUGACACUCGCCACGGUUUUACCGGAAAUCUCUACAAGGCUCUUACUGACAAGGGAAUCAAAACCUUCAUUGAUGACAAUGAUCUUCAAAGAGGAGAUGAAAUCACACCAUCACUCCUCAAGGCCAUCGAAGAAUCUAGGAUUUUUAUUCCUGUGUUUUCUAUCAACUACGCCACAUCAAAAUUUUGCUUGGACGAACUUGUUCACAUUAUUCAUUGCUACAAGACAAAAGGUCGCCUCGUUUUGCCUGUUUUCUUUGGUGUCGAUCCUACUAAUGUGCGACAUCAUACAGGUCGUUAUGGUGAAGCAUUGGCUGGGCAUGAAAAGAGGUUUCAAAAUGAUAAGGAUAACAUGGAGAGGUUGCAUCAAUGGAAGUUGGCUCUGACCCAAGCUGCUAACUUGUCCGGCUACCAUUCUAGUCCUGGAUAUGAAUACAAGUUUAUUGGAGAUAUAGUCAAAUACAUCUCCAACAAGAUCAGUCGUCAGCCCUUACAUGUUGCCAAUUACCCUGUUGGAUUGCAGUCUCGAGUACAACAAGUGAAAUCGCUUCUUGAUGAAGGAUCUGAUGAUGGAGUCCGCAUGGUAGGACUUUAUGGUACUGGAGGCUUGGGUAAAUCAACACUUGGAAAAGCAAUUUAUAAUUUUAUUUCUGAUCAAUUUGAAUGCUCAUGUUUUCUUGAAAAUGUGAGAGAGAGUUCAGCUUCAAAUAGAUUGAAACAUCUCCAGGAGGUGCUCCUUUUAAAAACACUUCAACUGAAAAUUAAGUUAGGAGGUGUUAGUGAGGGAAUUCCUUAUAUAAAGGAAAGGCUACAUACAAAGAAGAUUCUUUUGAUUCUCGAUGAUGUUGACGAUAUGAAGCAACUACAUGCUUUGGCAGGAGGACCUGAUUGGUUCGGCCGUGGAAGCAGGGUCAUCAUUACGACUCGAGACAAACACUUACUAAGAAGUCAUGGGAUAGAAAGUACACAUGAAGUGAAAGGGCUGUAUGGGACAGAAGCUCUUGAGUUGUUGAGAUGGAUGGCUUUUAAGAAUAACAAAGUACCUUCAAGUUAUGAAGACGUUUUAAAUCGUGCAGUUUCGUAUGCUUCGGGCCUUCCCUUAGUUUUAGAAAUAGUGGGUUCCAACUUGUUUGGAAAGACGAUAGAAGAAUGGAAGGGUACUUUAGAUGGAUAUGAAAAGAUUCCCAAUAAAAAGAUCCACGAGAUACUUAAAGUAAGCUAUGAUGCUUUGGAGGAAGAGCAACAAAGUGUUUUUCUAGACAUUGCAUGUUGCUUCAAAGGAUGUGAGUGGGAGGAGUUUGAAGAUAUACUUCGUGCUCAUUAUGGCCAUUGCAUAACACAUCAUCUAGGAGUGUUGGCUGAAAAAUCUCUCGUUAAGAUUAGUAGUACUUCUUACCAUUCGGGAUCUAUUUAUGAUGUGAGAUUACAUGACUUGAUAGAAGACAUGGGUAAAGAAGUCGUCCGACAAGAAUCGCCUAAAGAGCCUGGAGAAAGAAGUAGGUUAUGGUGUCAAGAUGAUAUAGUUAAUGUUUUAAAAGAAAACACCGGAACUAGUAAAAUUGAAAUGAUAUAUAUGAAUUUCCCCUCCGAGGAAUCCGUAAUAGACAAGAAAGGAAAGGCCUUCAAGAAGAUGACAAGAUUGAAAACGCUUAUCAUUGAAAAUGGCCAUUUUUCUAAAGGUCUCAACUAUCUUCCAAGUAGUUUGAGAGUAUUGAAAUUACGUGGAUGUUUAUCAGAGUCUCUGUUAUCAAGUAGUUUAAGCAAGGCAAGUGAAAUAACUUCAUUUUCUUAUUGUAUAUAUUUAUUAAUUUACAAUGAUUUUGUUUUCGCCAACAAAGAAGAAAUCACUAUGAUAGUAUAG